AAACAAAAACUUAUUAUAGGGAAAAAAAAACGAAAGAAAAAGGAAAGGAAAUACCGAAGAGAACGAAACGGUGGUGGAGUUCUAGGGCUCACCACGAGCUCGUGUAGUACUGGGUAAUUUCAUUCAUCCCCAAAUUGAUUGUCUUUGCAUUUCAGAUUUGCAGCGGAAUUAUCAGAUCAGGGCUUCUGGUGGGGGGGAGGAAAUUUUGACUGAAAAGUUAAGGUUCGAUUUCAAGAAUUGAACUUCUCGAGCGUAUUGUCUCUAAAAGUUUGAAAAUGGAGGGUACAGAACAGUGGAAGGUUCAGGUUGAACAAUUGAAGGUCCAGAUGAAGCAAUGGCUGGAACAAGGCUUGGAUUUUGUUCACCAAAUACCCCCAAUUCAACUUUACGUUGGGGUUGGUGUGUUGUUAUUUACCACCGUACUUCUUUUACUAACUCGCUUGUUUAAGCGCAGAAAAUCGAAUACCAUUGUACUCAGUGGGCUUAGUGGAAGUGGGAAAACUGUUCUUUUUUAUCAACUUCGUGAUGGUUCUUCUCAUCAGGGUACUGUUACAUCAAUGGAACCUAAUGAGGGAACUUUUGUGCUUCAUUCUGAAAUAACAAAGAAGGACAAAUUGAAGCCUGUUCAUCUUGUUGAUGUCCCUGGGCAUUCUCGCCUUCGAGCCAAACUAGAUGACUUUUUGCCUCAAGCAGCUGGUGUAGUCUUUGUGGUGGAUGCUUUGGAUUUUUUGCCCAACUGUCGUGCAGCUUCAGAGUACCUUUAUGACAUCCUGACUAAUGCGAGUGUUGUGAAGAAGAAAAUCCCUGUCCUGAUACUAUGCAACAAAACAGACAAGGUGACGGCCCACACAAAGGAGUUUAUCAACAGGCAGAUGGAAAAAGAGAUUGACAAGUUACGAGUAUCAAGAAGUGUGAUCUCAGCUGCUGAUAUCUCAAAUGACUUCACACUAGGAGUACCUGGAAAAGCGUUUUCAUUCACACAUUGCCAUAACAAAGUUACAGUUGCUGAAGCUUCUGGAUUGAAUGGUGAAGUUUCUGAGGUGGAGCAAUUUAUAAGGGAAAACGUGAAGUUCUAGAUGUAUAUUCGAUUCUACAUGUUGUUGAUUUGGUGCUUUUUGGCCCCUUCAAUGUGGAACCCCGAUAUUUGUACUUUUGAGAAUUUCCGAAUUUCAUCCCAAUUUUUGUAGUAUUUUAAGACAGAAGAAGUUAUAUGUCCAUGCCUUCUUCCUUGUUGAUAAAAGGACAGGACCAAGAUUUUAGCGGGAAACAGUAAGUACAAUGUCACAGAAAGCCAGAAACGUUGGUUGUUUAAAUAAUAGAAAUUGAGAUGUUGUUGGCUUC